AUGGGAUUCAUUUCGAGAGAUAAAGCGACUUCACUACGACCUUCCUACGCAUUCACCGGCAACCCGUCCCGCUUUCGCAAAUAUUCUCGCUAUAUCAGCUGCCUGCUAUUCGUCUUGAUCGCCCCCAGUAUCGCCGCAGAUGCCCUCGUUCCCGGAGUCAAUCACGACCUCUGGUUGACUCUCGGCGACGCGUUAUCCACCCCAUUGUUUCAAGCCCGCGCCGUACGUCUAGUGUCCGGCGCCGUUCAAAUUAAAGGUGAAUCCUUCAUCGACAUGGGGCCCGUAGGAAACGAUUCGAGGUGGGAAGUGCACGCAGCUAUGCACACAUAUCUUACCCGCGCAUUUCCACUCAUCAACAAGUUCCUCACACGGGAAGUUGUCAAUACGUACGGCUUAUUGUACACUUGGAACGGAAGCGACCCGUCUCUCAAGCCCCUCCUCAUGCUCGCCCACAUAGACACCGUUCCCGUUGACGACAGUACCCUCGGGGCGUGGACUCAUCCACCGUGGUCCGGAGCCUUCGAUGGCACCUACAUCUGGGGUCGUGGCUCUGCCGAUGACAAGAGUGGCACAAUUGGGACCAUGCUCGCCAUUGAAAUGUUACUGGAACGAAGGUUCUUUCCCACCCGCACUAUUGUCCUCGCCUUCGGCUUUGACGAAGAAAUCGGGGGAGCUCAAGGGGCGGGCCACAUAUCUCCCGUACUCCAACAACGCUACGGCCCCAAUUCCUUCGCAGCGAUCCUAGACGAAGGAGGCAGCUUCGGGGAAGAAUAUGGUUCAAUUUUCGCUAGUCCCGGCGUUGCAGAGAAGGGAUCUAUGAACGUCCGGAUGGAAAUUACUGGCGCAGGAGGGCACUCGUCUGUCCCUCCAGCCCAUACCAGCAUUGGCAAACUUGCUGCUGCUAUCGUGAAACUCGAAAACAACCCGUUUGAAGCGCAUUUGCUUCGGGAGUCUGUCAUUUAUCGACGGCUCUUAUGUCUCGCCAAAUAUGGGGCAGAUAUGGACCCUAUGCUUCGUCAGAACAUCAAGGACUCUAUGACUUCAGACCAGAGCCUGCUGGAGUUGGAGAGGAUUUUGUUCAAUGCCGCUCCGAUUGUCAAAACCCUUGUCAGUACAACUCAAUCUGUUAACGUUAUCCAAGGCGGGUUCGCCCCAAAUGGACUACCCGAACAAGUGUUUGCCAUUGUCAACCACCGCAUUGACUCUUUGAGUUCAUCUGCAGCUGUAAAGGCCCGCGACACAUCCAUACUCGAGGAGGUUGCGCGAAGGUUCAACUUGAAUUAUAACCCAUUCGGUAUCGCCAAUUAUCACAGUGCUGCGUUCACCGGGAACUUUAGCUUGGUAGCGACUACGCUUCUUGAACCAUCGCCUAUUUCCCCUACAGAAGGGGUAGGGGCGGGGGCUUAUCACGUUCUCAGCGGAUCUAUCAUAGCAGCUUACAACGCUUACAAUUGGACCAAUUCCGGCCGCAGCAAGAAAGACAACACGAUAUUUGUGACGCCGGCACUACCAUCCGGAAAUACCGAUACACGCUUCUACUGGAACCUUUCAUCGAAUAUAUACCGUUAUAAUCAUGAUAACUUUGGGUCUCCCGAGCAUCCCCUUGGAGGUGGCGUUCACUCUGUAAACGAACGUCUUCAUGUUCGGGUUUUUCUUGAGAUGGUCAGGUUCUAUUUUACAUAUAUCUUAAACAUCCAGGAGUAUUGCGAAGCUUAA